UGUCACUCCAUCAUGUCUCGUUUACCUCCUGAAGAUAACAGGUAUCCGCCGGGUCCUUCUCACCGGCCCUAUCCGCGCCGUGAUGAUAGGGACGGCCGCAUGUACGACGACCGUUCGCGCUCGCGCUCGCCUGGCGAUCUUCCACGCUCUCCCCCACGAGGGCCUGCCUCGGACAGAAGACCCGAUUACUCCAGAGACCGCCCAGACUCCAGACCUCGUUACCGCAGUCGGGACCGUGAUGAGUAUCGACGACGCUCGUCUAGAUCGCCUCCGCCCCGACGCGGGAGGCCGGCAUAUAGAGAUCGCGACCGCGAGGGUUAUCGCUCGCCUGGAUACCACAGUCGCAGCAGAAGUCACAGUCGGAGUCGGAGUCGAAGCCCGCGACGAGGCCGUUACUACGGACAAGAAAGCAGAGAAGUGAUGAUGGAUGGCUUGCCGGUGGAUAUGACGGAAGAAGACAUUACGAAUGAACUCAGAGACGGUUAUCAUAUUGAAGGUCUUGAAGAAGUUCGGGUUAUCCGUGAUCGGCAGACUAAAAUAUCCCGACAGCUCGGCUUUCUCCGAUUCCGAGAUCUCAAUUAUUCGCGCGCUUUUCUUGAGCGCAACUUUCCAUCCGUUUACUUCUACGGCCCAAGCGCUGGUCGGGAUGACCGAGGAACCAAAGUCCGCAUCGCAUAUAGCCGGGAGAGAGAGGAUCGUGCUCGCGCCAGAGCUGAGGGGGAUUGGACUUGCAAGAACUGUGCGAUAGUCAAUUACUCGACACGUUCAAAAUGUUUCCGGUGUCAAGCCCCCCGACCUGAACCUGGUCCAACGGGACCACCUGGAAUCGCUGCUCCCAAAGUUGAAAAUAAUGGCGAUAAUGAUGCUGCUCCUGAAAACCAGCCGUCCCAGUUUCUCUUGUUCCGAGGGCUCGAGCCCACCGUGACAGAAGAGCUUCUUGCCAAAGGAGUCGCUAAACUAUACCGACCAGCUCCUAACAAUUCUGAGAACACAUCAGGAAACCAGAAGAAGGGGGCUAAAGUAGCUUCCACUACUGGUGAUUCCAACCUGGGAGCUCGGGACGGGUCUAUCCGCCGUGUGCUACUAGUAAGAGAUCGCAAGAGCAACGAAAGCUGGCGUUAUGGAUUUGCGGAAUUUGCGACUAUCCAGGAUGCUCAAGCGGCUGUUACACGACUGAACUCGUUUGAGAAGUUCACUAUAUCAUCAAGGCCAGUGCUUGUGAGCUACAUUCACGCCGGUGUAUUUGUUCCCGUGAUCAAUCCCUCGGCGCGUACAGAGAGGUUCACCUUCAGCCCCCUGAAUAACCCAUCUUUAAAGCUUAUGUACUGGGAUGAGGAGGCCUAUGUUAGAGAGCUCUCAGUGUCGACUGGCGACAGUGACAAUAAUCAAAUGUUAUUGAAGAACGACCAGCCUGAUCAGUCAGAAAAUCAGGCAAAGGCUCAGAAAGACACGGACAAGACGAAGAAGAGAAAGGCAGACAACUCGUCCACCGCCGGCGCCAAGAAGCUUGCGAUGCCGUCACAUCUACAAUUUUGGAGCAAUCGACAUGCAGAGCUACAUGGCAUUCAGAAGAAGAACCCAGAAGAUGUCGGAGGUGUCUCGGAUCAAGGAGCAUCGGCAAUGGAUCCUGGCGCUCCACCAGCCCAGUCCUAUGCGGAUCCCAACCGGAACUGCUGUUAUCUCUGCAUGCGCCAGUUCAAGAGCUCUGCGGAAGUCAACCGCCACGAACGACUCAGUCAGCUGCACCAGAGUAACUUGCAAAAUGAAGAGCUGAAAACCAAGGCGAUGGGGAAGCUUAUCAAACAUGGUAUUGCUCAAACACCCGAGUACCGCGACCGUGCCAGGGAACGCCGACAGGCAUUCGGCAGCUCCAAGGCUCCAGUCAAGAAGAGCGCGCCUCCGCCGAAGGAGGAAGAAGAGUCCCCAGUGGAGUCAACGUCGAAGGGCGCUUCUCUUCUCAGUAAAAUGGGAUGGUCUGCUGGAACAGGACUGGGUGCUCAGGGCACUGGCAUGACUGCUCCUAUUGCCACCGAGGUCUACGCGCAGGGUGUUGGUCUAGGAGCACAGGGAGGCAAAUUGGGAGAUGCAGUCGAAGAAGCAGGACGAAAUACCCGCGGUAGAUACGAUGAAUUCUUGGAAAAGACAAGGCAGACUGCACGGGAGCGAUACGAACAAAUGGAGAAAUAGUUGUAAUAUCUUGUACAAUAACCACAAUGAAAUUCAUGACAUCAAAUUUUCCCAAGCGGAUCGCCACCUGAAAGUCAAACACCUCUGC